AUGGGUGUAUCUUGCAUCACAAGAAACACAUAUUCAAUCCUCUCUCUUCAACUUCUUCUGAUUCUUAUCAUCACCCCUUCAUCUUUUUCCUUUACUCCCACAGACAACGUCACGAAAGAAACCCUCAACAAACUCUGCUCACAAUCAAUCCUUUACAAUCGUCGUUUUUGCGUCAAAUGGCUAACCGCUCAUAAUAGAACGACCUCAAUGAACAUCCGGGGCCUUAUGGAGUUCGCAGCCGAAAAAGCUCAAGCGUUUGGUCAGGAAAACCUAGAUCUGAUGGACCUCUUUGCAAAAAUCUCAGGUAAUGACAAGCAGUUCAAGAACGCUUGCGUUGAAUGUGUGAAUGGCUAUGGCACAGCGAUCAAAGAGCUUGAAGUAGCUAAAGAGUUUUUGAGAAAUAACUCGUUCCAACAAGCAUAUAACGCUGCUUACAAAGCACUUGAUUAUGCUUAUGUAUGCAAAGAUCAGUUCGAAGGACCUUCUAAUGAGCCGCCUUUUGUUUUGAAUCGCAGUGUCAAGUUUAUCGAAAUGUGUCACAUUGUUAGAUUUUUCACUAGUCUUUUCAAUUAA